AUGAAAAGGAAAUAUAAUCCUGACCUAGCCUUUGAGUUUAUUUUAGACGAUGAUUAUGACUGUUUAUCCGAAAUGGAGCUGACUUCAAUACAUGAAUUUGAUUAUUGCAAUCGUAAAAGGCACCACCUUCUUCAAUUUAUGUGUGCAGCUUUUAAUGCAUUCGAUUGUUUCAUAUAUCUAACUCAAGAACUUUUCGAUUUUGAUGAAACAGAUGAUAAAGGAAAGCGUCCAAUUCAUUAUGCUGCAGAAUACGGUGCAACAGAGGUUUUUUCUUAUAUCAUGAAUAUAUAUAAGCGUAAAGGCAUGCUUAAAAAAUUUUUUGAAGAACUAAAACUGAAAAACAAAAUAGAAAGUAAUGUUCUGUAUUUGGCAGCCAAUAGUGGUGUUCACGACAUUUACAAGAUCUUAUCAGAUUAUGGAUUUGAUUUCUCAUUUUUGGGAGAAGAUGAUUAUCAAAAAUUAUUAUCUGAAAUCUGUAAAUCACUUAGUAAUAAUCCAAUUAAUGACCAAAAUGUCAUUAUUUUCUUCCUUAACCUAGCUGGAAAUAUUAAAGAAGGAAACUCUUCUAGAACUGCUCUUAUGAUGGCAAUUAUCCAAAUGCUUGAUGCAGAAAUUAUUUUAAAGCUGACAAACCACAUUGAUAUCAAUCUUAAGGACGAUAUAGGUAAUACAGCCUUUGAUUAUGCCUGUUUUUAUAAAAAUGUUGAAGCUGCAAAGAUUCUCAUCGAGAAAGAUAUAGAAGCAAGUUUUGAACAAAAGGGAUUCUGGAAUAUUUGCAGGCUUCAAGAUCCUAAUGUUGCACGUGUUGCAUUUCGAAAAUAUGCUAAAUUGAUGAAGCCAAAUUUCUAUGAAUUUGUCAAUAAAUCAUUUCCUAUUACAGAGCUAACUUCCAUCAGCAAUGAAGAUACUCUCAUUGGAAUACUCGGUUUACUUUUAGAUUAUGGAUAUGAUCCAAACGCUAAGGAAGAUGCGCGUUGUCCAACAAUCUUUGAAUGUAUUCUCACUAGUUACUUUCCUAAUAAGGUUAAAACUCUAGAAUUUCUUCUUGAAAAAAAGAUAGAUAUCGAUCACCCAUUCCACGUGAACCCCGGAGACACACCACGUAGUUACCUCAAGAAGAUAGUUAACCCAGACAUCGUUAAAUUGAGAAAAAAGUAUGAAAUUAACUAA